AUGAUUGUCUUUGGCCUUGUGGCUUUCGACCACGCCUUGGCUAUUUUGCACGCAUUUGCCUCAGACACGGAGAAUGUCCAAAACUUGCCCAGUCCAGCGAAAUUGAUCCAGGCACUGUUGAAGCCAAAAUCAGACUACGAUUUUGAGCGUCUUGAGGGUAUACGGGAUGCUAUUAAGCGCCUAAAGCAUAAGAGCCACAGCUUCUAUCUGGCUUCUGGGCAUUUGGAGGCCAACUUCGCAUUGAUCUUAUGCUUCUUUACUCCUACUGCCGCGUCGCUGAUGAUCUUGUCGACAAUGCAACUUCAGCUGAAGAGGCAAAAGCAUGGAUUGAAAAACUUCAAGAAUUCCUGA